AUGAGAGAUCAUGAAAGAUUCAAAUACGGGAUAUGCCAGAAAAGUGAUCUGGGGACAAGGAACCUCCUGCCCAUCCCCAGGAGCAUCUACAUCAGCCUCUGGCCAGCAGCAGGUGGAGCCUCAGUCAUCACCCCUGCCGGCUUCUCCACUGACGGUGCUGUGGACUUGAAGCCAUCAGAAGAUUUGAAGUCGUUGUGGUUUUUACAGCAGGGCCUGAGUCUCGGUUGCUCUGUCUUUAUCUUCUUGGGCAGGACCCAAGGGAAUUGCAAAGGGAAAGAGAAAGGCAUUACAGCCAGAGCCCGGAAGAUCCGCGGGACAGGCCAGCGCGGCCCUCCCGUGGGCGUCACAGACACCGAUGCGGCGCGGGUCCCUCUCCCCGGGAAGGGGCUGGCUGGGUCCGUCCGCAGGGCCCCGCCGGGGCUGACCCAGCAUGGGGUGGAGGGGCGGCGGCGCCGGACCCCAGGGCCCCUGCCUGCCUCCUGGGGAGCCGGGGACCCCGGCAGCCCCGGCCGCCUCUGCGGAGGGACCCGGCAGCCCGCCCCGCAUCCCGAGGCGCCGCGCCCGAGGGACCCCGGAGCUCCGGCCAGGCCGCCUCCUUUGCGGAUCGCGAAGCUGGGGUGCGGGGCAGGUCCCGGGAGCUCCCCGGGCAAAGGCAGCCGAGCUCGGGGCUGGGGUCCAGGGCCCCACCCCUGCCACCUCCAGGGCCCGAGAGCCGGCAGGAGAGACCCGGCCCUUUCGUCCUCCGCGGAGGCCGGGCGGAGGCUCAGCCUGGGCCGCGACGCGAGGCCGCUUCCGCGCAGUCCGAGCCGCGGCCGCUUUAAGGGGGGGUGGGGCGUCCGCCGGCCGCCGGGGGCGCUGCGGCGCGCGCUCUACGGAAGCCCGGACGGCGCCGCCCCGGGCCGGCAGAAGCGCCUCGUCGUGGACGUGAGCAGGGGCGGCGGCGACCUGGUCGGGGCGAGGCAAGCGGCGGCCGGGGGCGUUGGCGGCGCGGGAGCAGCCGGCAGAAGCGGAGCCGGGAAGUCGGGGGUCCAGAAGCGGCCGCGCGGUCCCAGCGAGCUUCGGAGAAGCCGUGAUGGCUUCCACGUGACGGGGGAGCAGGAGGCGGGUUUCCGCGGUUCACCUUGGUUGCUCCACAUGACACUCUUUCAUCAUUUUGGUGGCCGAAGAAUAUUCCCUAGGGUAUGCAUACGAGAGUAUGAUCCCUUUAUCUGUGGAUGGACAGGUUUCUUCAUGCGGCUGCAGAUGGCAGGAUUUCCCAGAGCUCUAUGGCUGGAACGUACUCCGUGGUGUAUCUGUACAGCAGUUUCUUCAUCCCUGCAGCUGUGUGUGGACAGGUCAUAUACCAUGAUGUCUUCCAGGUUCAACAGUGUGGCUCCAAAUGAUGAAAUUUCAUUCUGGUUUUCUGGCUGAAGACGAUUCUGUUUGUGUACAUCCACCAAGUAUCCCUUCAUCUGCGGAUGGGCAGGUUUUUCCACGCGGCCGCAAGUGACGAGAUUUCGCCCAUUUCUAUGGUUGAAGAAUAUUCUGCUCUGGAUGUAUACUGCAGUUUCCUCGUCCCUUCAUCAAUGGACGAACAGGUAUCAUUCAUUCAAUGUGGAUGGAAGCUGUAUCUCAGUGCGGUUUUCCUUGACAUUGUUGUGAGGAUUAGCGCUUUUGAGAGACUUCUCUUUUACCUGACAACCAAGGUCUCCUCUGGACACCACGAGUCAGACCUUCCAAGAGACAGCAGCAGUCAUCAAAACCUCCUCACCAUGACAGCAAGCAAGGAGGAAGGAUCCUGAAGACCCUCGCUGGCCCCUCUCAGCAGGAAGUCGCUACAGAGAAUGACCUCUGCCCCAUCUACCAAAAGAUUUCUGGGUCCCAA